AUGGCUUCAGAUGAUGAAGCUCCUCAAAGCUCCAAAUCAGAACAAGCGCCUGCUACCAACGGCGUCAACGGCACAUCCGACCAAGCACACGACCACCAACACGAGCAUGAGCACGAACACGAACACAACCAUGAAGACAACAAUGUCUUCCAGGUCUCGGUCAAACUGCCGGAUGGGCAUGAGAUGAAGGUGGCCGUAUCGCAGCAGGAGCAAGUUCAGGACCUACGGCAGUCCAUUGUUGAGACUCCCGAGACGUUCCAGUAUACCUGCUUCCAUCUCGAGCACAAUGGUGACCGCAUCAAUGACUUUGUCGAGUUGUCCGAGGUCAAGGAUCUCAAGCAAGACUCGGAACUGGUCGUGGUGCAAGAUCCAUAUACCGAGAAGGAGGCUCGCAUGCAUGUCGUGCGCAUACGAGAGCUCAUCGGAGCAACCGGAGACCGCGCAGAUCAGCUGCAGGGCAUCUGUGCUGGCGUCUCACUGCACGACGAGCGCUUCGCUUCCCCUCUAGAAAAGGGAGAAGCCAGUGCUCUUGCCGGCUACGACCUGGCUGGACGACCACCGUUGAACGCCAUUCUUCCGCAGCCACAGGAGACAAUACCAAAGACAAUCAAAUCAUUGUCUGUGUCACAGUGGAACCCACCACCACACCAUCUGAAGCAGCGAGGACAUUUGCUCUAUCUUUUGUUAACGACUAACGAAGGUGAACAGCAUCACAUCACCGCUUCCAACUCCGGCUUCUUCGUCAACAAGUCCUCAAGCAACAAAUUCGACCCAUUCCCUCGACCAGCUCCCAAGAACCACUCCGCCCAUUCCUUACUCUCCCUCAUAUCGAUCUUGUCGCCCUCAUUCAAUCAGGCCUUCGUCGACCUGCAGAAGUCCAAUGGCCAGAAAGAUUUGCUCACCACAUUUCCCUUCCAGAAUGCAAUCCCGGCAAACCCGUGGCUCGUGCCUGCCUCUUAUAUUGCAAGCGCACAUCAUCAGUCAGACUUGACCAGGACUCAAGAAGCAUACUUGCUGGGUGGUGUUGACGGUGCCGAGAACCUCAGAGACUGGAAUGAAGAGUUCCAGACCACAAGAGAGCUACCGCGAGAUACCCUCCAGGAUCGUGUCUUUCGCGAACGCUUGACGUCCAAGCUCUUUGCUGACUACAACGAUGCGGCGGCGAAAGGCGCUAUCUUCAUCUACAACAACAUCUUCUUCUCUUUCGGCUGCGACGGAGUACAGACUUUCGCAAGCGAGGGCGGUGAUGAGGCUGCGAGAGUCGCUGUCAAUAAGGAUGUUGCAGGCGUCAAGGCGGUGAAUCAGCUUGACAUCAAUGAUCUGUUCACGCCUGGCACUGUGGUCGUCGACUAUCUUGGCAAGCGCAUUGUUGCUCAAAGCAUCGUACCAGGUAUCUUCAAGCAACGGGAGCCUGGAGAGCAUCAGAUCGACUAUGGCGGCGUAGAAGGACACGAUACAGUCACCGAGAAUGAAGCAUUUGUGCCCGUCUUCGAGAAGCUGUCGAAAGCUCUACGCGUCAAGAAGCAUCCUGUGUGGGACAAAGACCACAAGCGCCACGACCUGGAAGGCAGCGUUGAGACCAAGGGCUUGCUUGGCACUGAUGGGCGGAAGUACGUGCUCGAUCUGUACAGAAUCACUCCUUUGGAUGUGGCUUGGUCAGACGAGCUAGAAACCACGGAAGAAACAUUUGGCAAGUACCCUCACCGCAUGUCGGUGCUGCGCUUGGAGUUGAUCGAAUCCUAUUGGCGACUCAAGCUGCAAGAGUAUGUCAAGCAAGAGACCGAGAAGAAACGUGCCGAGAAGUCUGCCGAGGAACCGAAGACAGAAGAAACCGCAACCUCGAAGCAAGACGGUGACGAAAAGGCUAGCGAAGAGGCCACGGAGAGCAAGCCAGACUCAGACCAGGACCGCAUUGACAUCUCGAAUUUCAGCUUCGCCCUGAAUCCGGAUGUCUGCAGUGGCCAAGAACCACAAACCGAGGAAGAGAAGGCAGAAUACGAGGAAGAUGAGAAGAACGUUCGAGCUGUUUGCAGCCAUUUACGAACGACUGUCAUACCUGGACUCAUCACAGACCUUCAUGACAGCGAUGUUGGCUUCCCUAUGGAUGGGCGAUCUCUCUCCCAUCUCUUGCACAAGCGUGGAAUCAAUAUUCGAUACCUAGGACAAAUUGCUGCCUUGGCAAAAGAGAAGGGUCGACGUCUGGAAGCGUUCUACACUAUCGUUCUGCAGGAGAUGGUCGUCCGAGCGUUUAAGCAUAUCGCAAACGGCCUGCUAAAUCAUCUUCCGCCUUUGUUCGCCUCUGCAUGCCUAGCACACCUGCUCAAUUGCUUCGUCGGCGGCGAUCUCAACUCAGAACCUCGACCAGAAAUGGACGACGAAAUGCGAAAACUGUAUCCAGACGGCGACUAUUCGUUCGAGAAAAUGACGCCUUCACAGCUGCAGAAGCAGAUCAUGGAGCAAGUCAAGCUAAGAUACCGAUGCGAUCUGCCGGAGGAUUGGCGAACUAGCUUGAAGCCGCUACAGCUUCUGCGUGAGGCAUGUCUGCGACUUGGACUUCAGAUCGUCGCCAAGGAGUACGACUUUGGUAGAGGUGACAAGCCAUCGCUGAAUGGUGUCGCAGAACCUGCGGCUGAGCCUGUCGUAACUAACGGGGUGAACGGCCAUCAUGAAGAUGACAAAUCGGGAGGCAAGAAGAAGAAAAAGAAGGCUAUCGAGCAAGCGCCUGCCCAGACCAAUGGCACUGCCAUGAAACAACCCACGACUUUUGUCGCCGAAGACAUCCUCAAUAUCGCUCCGAGUGUCAAGGACGCCUCUCCAAAGAGUGUCCUGGCUGAGGAAGCAAUGGAGGCGGGCAAGAUCUCGCUCGCACAGGGACAAAAACAAAUUGGACAAGAGCUGAUCCUUGAAUCUUUGUCAUUGCAUGAGCAGAUCUACGGCAUCCUGCAUCCCGAAGUCGCCAAGAUGUAUCACUCCUUGUCUACCAUCUACUACCAGACCGACGAGAAAGAAGCAGCAGUUGAGCUAGCACGAAAAGCUGUCAUCGUGACAGAGCGCACACUGGGCGUGGACUCAUACGACACCAUCCUCGCAUACCUGAAUCUCUCACUUUUCGAGCACCACGUCGGCAACACAAAGCAAGCACUGCGCUACGUCCGCCACGCUCUCGACGUAUGGAAGAUCGUCUUCGGCGCCUCCCACCCCGAUUCAAUCACAACCAUCAACAACGCCGCAGUCAUGCUGCAGUCCCUUAAAGAAUACCCCGAAUCUCGCAAGUGGUUCGAGAAGUGCUACGUCGUCUGCGAAGAGCUUUUCGGCCAUAAGUCCGCCAAUGCCGCGACUAUCCUCUUCCAAUUGGCGCAGGCGCUUGCCUUGGAUGGCGACCCGAAAGCAGCGGUUAGCAAGAUGCGCGACGCAUACAAUAUUUUCCUCGCCGAGCUCGGACCCGAAGACAGAAACACGAAGGAAGCAGAGAAUUGGCUGGAGCAGCUAACGCAGAACGCCGUUGCGAUUGCAAAACAAGCCAAGGACAUCCAGGCGCGCCGGUUGCGCAAUAUCCGAUACCUACCGGGCAUGAGGCAGGCACAAGGCUGCAGCCCCAGAGUGCAAGCUCAGCGACGCCUGGGAACUCUGCUGGAACGAGCUCUGGUCACACAAGAAGUCCUACGGGGAGCGUCAAUCUUGACUCAAGGAGGCAGCGGCGACGCGGGUGGGAAGAAGAGCAAGGAUAGGAAAUCGGUCAAUCCCAAGGCUAGGGGAAGAAAGAGUACUUCAGCGGCUGCGUAG